AUGACUGCAGAAGCUGUGAACCCUAAAGCCUACCCUUUGGCGGAUGCCCAGCUCACCAUCACCAUUCUUGACUUGGUUCAGCAAGCCGCUAACUACAAGCAGCUCAAAAAGGGUGCUAAUGAAGCAACUAAGACCUUGAACAGAGGGAUUUCAGAGUUUGUUGUGAUGGCGGCGGAUACCGAGCCGCUUGAGAUCCUUCUCCACCUCCCCCUUUUGGCUGAAGAUAAGAAUGUGCCGUAUGUUUUUGUCCCGUCUAAGCAAGCUCUUGGUCGAGCAUGUGGAGUUACCCGACCAGUUAUUGCCUGUUCUGUUACUAGCAACGAGGGGAGCCAACUGAAAUCGCAAAUUCAGCAGUUGAAGGACGCAAUCGAGAAGCUCUUAAUCUGA